GAUAUUUGCUCCUACUUUAGAGCAUCUGAUCAGGGUUGGGUUUUAUAAUCAUACUGAUCCUUUGGGGAUUUUGGUCCAGCAAGAAUCUGAUCAAGCUAAAAGUGAACUUUGACAUGUCCAAAUCCUUUUAAAAUAAUGUUCAAAUGAUAACGGCAAUGUGUUGUUGGUAACCUGAUUCAGGUAAACCUAUACAUUUGUGACCAAUUAAAGGGGUCUUACUAAGGUGUUCGGUCACCAUGAAUCACCAGAAAAGCUUUAGUGUGCCUUGGCACAGACUCUACAAGUCUCUGGAACUAUACUUGUGGUGAUGAUGACUAGUCUUACAAAAAGUAUUCCCUUAAUUGGUGUUUUGAUGCUGGUGGUAGAGAGUGUUUUCUUACACGUUGCUCCAAAGUCAUCCAUAGGUGUCCAGUUGUUUUGAGAUCUGGUAACUAAAUGUAUAUGAAUACAUGCCAAUCUAUCCAGUCAGUUAGCCUUCAUGGGGUCAAUUUCAUCCUGGAGAUCAUCAGAUAGAAAUGUUCAUCAUAGAAUAACUGUGUAGUAAUUUGCAGUGACCCUUUCGGCCAAGAGUAGCUCCAGACCGUGCCAGCAAAAUGCCUUCCAGAAAAUAACAGUGCCACUGGGCUCCCUCACUCUAUAUUUUUCUUAAGUGUGUGCCACAGAUAUACUUACCCACUCAUUUUGAUGGUAAAGGAUGAACUAUCUGGCCAUAUAAUCUUUGCAUACAUCUUCGUUCAUACCAUUCAACUUUCAAAUGUGUGUUCAUCUUUGUAACGAGGGGUUUAUGCUCUGCAGCCCUACUUUAAUUUCCCUCUCUGCAUAGUUAUGGACAGACUUUUCCCGCUGAGAGUUUGAUCAUGUCCUGCAUUGACUGCAUUAACCUGAAGAAUAGUUGCUCUUCUGUUUUUUGUUACAUGCCACAAUAAUGCACAAGCGUCAUAGUCACUGAAUGUAUGCGUUGGCCAAAAUUUCCAAUCGUAUUUCCUAUCUAAAUGCAGAUCUUAGCAAAGGCGACUUCAUUCUCUGUUCCUAUUGAAACACUAGCCAAAUGAUUAGUCUUUGUGACCCAAGUUACUUCCCUCUUUCCAAGUCACUUAGAUCUUUUCCUCUUGCCAUCUUGAUCCAAAAUUAGGACAAACUGCUCUUGCUCAGCAUUUUUAUACAAUUCCACAGAGCACAGUAGGAUACUGACUGCUUAAUUGUGUCAUGAAGCACAGAGCUACAUGGUGUUAUACCAGGUAGCUUUGCUUUAUCACAUCUCCAGGGUUUGGUCCUAAGCUCGGUGCAGAGUUUCUGUGCAUGUUCUCCUUGUGGUUACAUGGGUUACAGCUGGCUUCUCGGGUCCUCAGUCCUCCCAAAAACUUGCUGAUGGGCGAAUUGUCCAUGCUUAAUUGCCCCAGGUAGGAAUGCGUGUAUGAAUGUAUGUGUGUGUGCAUGGGGCCGUGCAAUGGACUGGUAUUCAUCCUGGGUGUAUUUCUGCCUCUCGCUCUACCACAACCCUGACAGGAUAAAGCGGAUACUUAACAUGAAUGUACGAGUGAGUAGACCUGCACUUUUUUUUAUAUUUCUCCUAUCAUUUAAUCAGUUUUUUCUUUAAUUUGUCACCGGUCUGUCUGCAGAAUACAAACAUAUCUACAGAAGGAAAAAAAAGGCCUACUUGUGCUUUCUUACACGACUGUAGAUGAAGUUUUUAUUAAUCAUUUUGACUCAUCUGAGUGAGACAAAACCAGGUUACCCUACUGAAAAAAACAACAACAAAACAAUAGAAAUCAUCACAGAAAUUCUAAUGGUUUCCACUACAAAUACAAUUACAAAACAUCAGCUAAUCAUUAAAACCUUACCAUUAUUGGUCCUUAAUGGUAUCCACUUGACAUAACAUGCCUAACAUAGAAGGCAACCAAUUACCAGUAGAGACCCACAGGGACCAUUCCAGUUUCCAUUAAACCCAAUACAAUUCCCAUCAUAACCAUUAAAACCAUUACAAAUUCUAUGAGGGUUCUAUUGUUUUUAUCAGCAGGGGAGUUAGGCUAGUUUUGUCCAUGUGUAGCAAGAUGCUAAUUAUAACAUACUCAGGUAAUUUUGUAGGUUAAACUAAGUAAAAGGUACAGACACACAAGGAAAAUAAUUUAAGAUAAUUACAGUAGACACACAAAUUUACCUGGAUAAUGACUGAAUGUGUAAAUGUUUUUUAAGCUAUUAGCUUAAUUUGUGUAAAUGGUGCAUGAAUGUUACUUUAAUAGGCUAAUCACCAAAACGACAUUUUUAAACCGCACCGCUAACCUUCUUAACUUUUCACACCAGUGCUGAUAAUUUGUUUGACUAUCCAUGUAUUCAACCCGUUUAUCGGCUACAUUUUCUCCAAAACUCGGGGUGCUUUUAGUGCUUAAUGAACUUGGUGCUAAACUCGUCACGCUCUUGCGAGUGUGUAUUGUAGCGUGUGUAGCUAAACUGGUUCCCAAUUCGUUUGAAAGCCACGUGAAAUUAUGACAAAUCCAGGUUGUAAUUGGUCUGUUAGCAGUUGAUCUGCCUGAGCCCUUAUGACAAAUCACCCGUAAUCCCUUUAAAACCCCGUCUUGGAGAAUGAACCGAAACUCGUCGAGGCUCGCAUUUAAAAGCGCGAGCGCUUGUCCGCCCUUCCUUCAUUCGGCACGGAGCUUGGCAAGACGAAACAUGGACACGACAUGUUUCAGAGAAACAGCACAUUUUCCACCAAGAGAGCAACCGAAGAGCUUCAGUAUUGACUGGAUCCUUUCUUCCGGACACCGAAAGCCAGCUCUCGACAGCCACAGCGUUUAUACACAACCGAAAGUUAUUAUGCGCGGAGCUUUAUUUCCAGCGUUAACAAACAGGCCUUUUGUUGCUGCCUUCGGAUCCGCGUGCGUUUACGCGCCGCACUUUUCCCAUCACCAGAGUGCUGCAUACAGACACAGUGAGACGCGGCUUCAUGAUGGGCUCCACGCGGUUGAUUUGACGUGUACCGGAGAUUUUGGGCUGAAGACGUGUCGGCGGAUCCGCACGGUGUUCAGCGCGGAGCAGCUGCAGAAGCUGGAGGAGGUUUUCGCUAAGCAGCGGUACAUGACCGGCUCGGAGAAAGUGCUGCUCGCCUCGGCGCUGCGUCUGACUGAAACACAGGUGAAAGUGUGGUUUCAGAACAGGAGGACUAAAUGGAGGAAGAGCAGAGAGGUCGAUGAACGACCGAAGGACCAGUGCAGUGACUUAAAGCAUGAAACAUCCGUGACAGAAGACGGACAGUUCACAUCUGUGGACAGUGACGAGUCUCCUGAAACGUGAACACGGCAAGCACGAAGUCCAAGUUCCAUACACAGACCACUGAAUCUCUUACCAUUCUUGUUAAACAAGAAAUUAAGGCACCAUGUCACUAUGUGGCGUUACAGCUAUUAAUGUUUUUCUUUCACAAUAAAAAUAACCAAUGUGUAGGCCCUAUAGCGGCCCCCCCCCCAACUCGCAUUAUGUGAUAAGGUGUGGACUUUUUCCUCUUUAAAAAAUAAUGCUGUUUAGGUCUAGCUAUGAUUUUCAUUGAUUGUUUAAUUUUGAAUUUUAUGCUUUAUUAUUACCAUUUAGUGAUAUUUUCCUGAAUGUAUCUGAGCCCGUUUGUGUUCCUUGAGAUUUAAAUAAAUCCUUUAUUAAAAUGAU